AUGAAGAACGAACCAGAAAUAGUAGUGUUUGACGACAAGAGCUUGAAAUCGGCACGCGUGAACGGAUCCAAUAAAAGCGAGUGGAAGGCUUUCAUGUCUUCUAAAGUCUCAAAAACGAGUCUCAAACCACCCGCCGCACCUCAAGACGCAAAAGAGCUUGAAGAAGAAGAACUUGAUCGGCAGAAUGAUUUAGAGUUGGAGGAACUUUUAAAGACAACCAAGUUGCUCGAAGAAUAUACCGCCGAAGAAAUUGGGGGGAAAGAUCGGCGAAAAUACAUAGAAAAACGAAUGACCGAUCUUGGUGCAAAGCCCAAGAAAGGAGUAAAAACCCCUAUUCCGAUAACAAUAGGAAUGAAUUUAAAAAGAAAAGAUCGCGAAAAGAAAGAACUCGAAGAGGCUAAAAAUCUUGGUUUGUACCAUCGGAGCAUAAAACACGUAUGGGCUGCAUCGGCAAAAAAGAAAUCGAAUAAUCGGAAAAAUCGUGGCAUUGGUGUUGGGCUUGGCAAGGUUAAAGAUGGGAUAUUAACAUUGAGUUCACAAGAUAUCAGAAGAGUGCAGAGCGCUGGUGUGAAGAAAAAACGGAAAGGCACGAAGAGAUUAUUCAAAAACUUGUAA